AUUUGACUUUUUUUUCCAUAUAAAUUUGUAUAUAAUAUAAUUUUAUUUAUUUUGUAAAUAUUCAAUUUAUUUAUAUUAAUUUUUAAAAAUUAUUGUAAUGUUUAAAAAAAGUUUUAUUUUUUAUUUUACAAGUCUGGUAAUAUUUAGUAAUUUUAUUUAUGGAAAAGACUGUACUCCAAAGAUAGCAAUAAUUGGAGGAGGAAUUGGUGGAGCAUCAGCCUCUCACUAUCUCUCAGAUUUAUUAAAUGACAAUGUAGAUAUUGAUUUAUUUGAAGCUGAUAAAAUUGGUGGACGACUGGCGACAUUGAACAUAAACGAUGAUGAAUAUGAAACCGGUGGUUCUAUUAUUCAUUCUAGAAAUAAAUUGAUGAGAAAAUUUGUCCAGCUCCUUAAACUUGAAGAUCGAGCUCCUGAACAAAAUAUGAUUGCUGGUAUUUGGAAUGGAGAUACAUUCGUCUUCGAAGAAAGUUCUUAUCAAUUAAUUUCAUUAGCUAAAUUAUUUUAUAGAUAUGGACUCGAACCAUUUAAACUCCACAGGUUGAUAAAUUCAAUUCUUGAUGAGUUUGAUCAGAUAUACGAGCUUCAAAACGCUGGAGUAGGGUUUGAAAAUAUCACAAGUUUACUGGCUGGGAUGAACAAUAAAUUUCCAGAAAUGUUAGAAAUUUCGUCAAAAGAUUUUCUGUUAAAUCAAGGAUACUCUUCACUGCUAAUUGAUGAAUUAGUUGAGGCAACGCUGGUAGUUAAUUACGGACAGGAUACUGACGUUCAUAGUUUUGUUGGAUUUGUAUCACUCGCUGGCGCAGGAUAUUCUCUUUGGUCUGUAAAAGGAGGAAAUAAAAAAGUACCGGAGAAUCUUAUCAAGAUGAAUGAGAGAGUAAAAGUCAUUCCUGCAGUAGUCAAUAAAAUAAAUUAUGCUCCCAAAGACGAUGGAUCUCCUGGAUAUCGCGUCUACUAUAACACAGGAAAAUCUGAAGACGCAUGGAAAAAUUAUGACGUUGUAAUCAUAGCAACGCCACUGACCCACGAUCAAAAAAUGCCGAUAACUUUCGGUGGUUUUCCAGAAGAUGUUAAUUUUGAAUUCCCUGGAAAUUAUCAGACGACUUAUGCAUCAUUUGUCCAGGGCUCACUCAAUCCGGGUUAUUUUAGACUAGAGGAAUCAAUAGAUGGUAUCUUGAGUUGCGAUCCCAAUAAAACAAUUGUCAGCUCGCUUGGAAAAUUGACUACCGUUCAAGGUGUUGAUUCAAAUGUAUGGAAAAUAUUUUCUCGAAAUCCACUGGAAAUAAAUAUUAUUAAUAAAAUGUUUCAACAAGUACAGCUAAUUAAAGAAAUUAAAUGGAAGGCGUACCCGAAAUACUCAACAAUACAAUCUAAUAAUAAUUUCAAGCUCUAUAAUUCUCUGUACCACGUUAAUGCUAUUGAAUGGGCCGCAAGUGCCAUGGAAAUGAGUGCUAUCGGCGGUAGGAAUGUUGCAAUUUUAAUUUACAAUGAUUACAAAAAAAAGUGCAAUAUUUCUACUCACGAAUCGAACAAAAAAAAAUUUGAAAAUAAAUCUACCAAUGAAUUGUGAAUUUGAAUAUUCAUAUUUUUAAAUUAAAAUAUAUGUUAUAUUUUUCUAUUUAUUCGUGUUGUAAAAUAUUUAAGAUUUAAAAAAAAUGUUAAAAAAAUUGUUCUAUUGUUACAGAUGAAUUUAAUGUAUGUUGUA